AUGAUAUCGCUGAUAUUAGAGGUUGCCAGUGAUGCCCAGCAACACGGCAAUAUUGUUCGUCUUCCUUGUGGCUCGGCAUUACCUAAGGGAGGUACAGUAACUCCACUAACUGCUGCACAACUUCGUUAUCUAACGGAUAAGUUCUUCGGCGGAGUGAAUAACAAGAGGCGGCGAAUACGGGGUCAAAUUCGAUCCUUCUUUUCGCGUCUGAAACUUCAACAAGCUAAGCAACCAUCGUCAGCUAAAACAACAACCAACGCGUCGUCUCCAUCACCAGCAGAAAUAGACGACGAAGAAAAGGAGUUUGAAGAUGAUCAGACCUACGUCGAAGCUGGAGAGCGAGCAAAACUGCGAGACGCAGUUGGUUUACUACGACAUUCAUCGAGGCAGCUUGCAGAGCGUGAGCGAGCAAUAUCGUCAAACGAAAGAUUAGUUGAAUCAUCGCAUGACGUUAGUCGAAAACGUCGUGCUCCAAAGAAAAAGUAG